AUGCAUGACUUUGAGGAGUCGGCUGAUGACAGCCGCGCCGAGCUUGGGCCUGGAUGGGUGCAGCCUGUUUUCCUCCCUCACAGAAGGGGACCGAAAAUCGAAACAAGUAAUCGGGCGAGGAGUCCAGGGUACAGUAGCAAGCAUGUAUUCAUCUUCGCCCAUCAGACGCAAAAUUACAUUAUCUGCUUCAUCGAUGCCCAUCUGUCUCAAGCGGUGUCAUCAAAGGCCGAGCAAACGGCAACCUCUUCACGAGCACCGCACCAGCUACUGAGGCUGGGUGUCAGGAGGCGUCGUCGUCGCCCCAGCGAGCCAAAGCAACCAUCACGGGAUCUCUGGAUCGGCCGUAUUCGGGAAAUGCCCAAGAUCAGCAUUCCGGGGUAG